AGAAUUGACGCUUCGAAAGCGAUGCUGCAACCGCGAACUUAAUAUUCGGAGUUGGUUGUACGUACACAUUACUAGUAAGCGGCUGGAAAGGAGUGAACUGUCAAGGAACAGAAAGCUGUCACGUAGUAGAAAGGCGUUAACUGCUUUCCAGCAUAGGCAUGCGUAAUGCGUAUCACAGAAUAAGUGCGUAUCACGUAAGUAUCACAGAGUAAACCGCUGAAACCAGGAAUUUCGGCAGCCAGAUUUCGCCAAAGAACGGCAGCCGUAGUCAGCCUUCAACCUCCGACUGUGCGCUUGUCACGAAGCUUACGAGUGUGCAACCUAAACUGUAUAGCCGAACAUAAAAAAAUCAUUAUUGGACGCGUCUUGGUGAACAAAAGCGUAUUGUACGUAGUCAUCCUUUUUUUAAACAUCCAAUUUUGUUAUUGACUCCUUUCUUUUCAGUGGCUAGCGAGGGAUGGAGCUGAAACUUGAAAACCGUGCAUAGUUAAGAAUUCUACGUUCCGGUAUGCGCGGGUAAUACUACGCUGCGGUAACGCACCCUUCCGAACUGUUAAUCAUGUAUUAAACCGAUUCUUCAUUCUUGUAAAAAGGCGAGAGAGGAAUUUGUUCUCAAAAACGCUGUACUCUGAAACGAGACAUCCCCAGAUAGUGCGGGGGCCGAUUUGUACGUGCGUGGCCCGGAUUACACGCAGGCGUUUUCCUGUCUCGCAUUGCAACCGACAACAUUCACGCGACAGGAAAGACACUUUGUCAUUGUCGCUGUUCGUUGUUACAUCGGUAGCAGUACCUUAAUGUAUGCAGAUAAUCGACUGAUGUUCCAGUCUGUGUAAGACUACCUUGAAUGGAGGAAUCUUUUAUGCGAGUGGAGGAAGAUAAAACUGCAGUCUAGCCAUGUGGCGAUGGGAUGAACUACUUCCUCGUGCUGUCAAUAGGAAGCUGCUGCCUCUCAAGGUCCACUUCUUCUUGUACUUGGCAGCCCAGGCAUGCGUGUACAGCUAUCUGGCAGUGGUCGGUCGCCAGAAUGGCAUCAAUGCUGCCACUACUGCCAUCAUCUUCGCUCUGACACCUCUGGCUGCUGUGCUGCUGAAGCCAGUCUGUGGCUACAUUGUCGACCGAACUCAGAAUGUAACGGCUGUGAUCCUCAUCCUUCAGCUGCUAGUUGUUGUAUCACACGGCACGCUGUUCUUUAGUCCAAGUAUACCAGUGCCAGAUAUCAGGGGUGAUCUCCAUUGCUCUCAGGGCCAUUUCACUUACUUUGGUGACCAAUUUCAGACCAAGGAAUCUGCACCUUGCUACAAUGCCACCUUUCCUAUUCGUUGCACGCUUUUCUGCAGAGAUAUACCUCAGGAAGGCGCUGUCAAAGCGAGCAUUGAAAAUAUCACUGGCGCUACUUUUGAAAUCGCAAAUGUGUCUUCUGUUUGCGCCUCCUUGGUGUCCAAGGGGUGGACGAGCAGAUCCUCGGACACUUCCUGUGCCCUGCGAUGUUCAUGCGAGACGGGUGUCUCCAACUACGUGUCUAGUGCAGAAUUCUGGAUGUACACCGUGUCAGUUGUGAUUGCCUUUGCUGUUACAGCCACAUUAUUCAGCAUCACAGAUGCCGCCGUUUGUGAGGUGCUGCAAGAUAAUGUGAACGCAUUUGGAUUGCAGAGGCUUUGGGGUACAAUCAGUUGGGGUAUAGUGAGUCCGUUCGCAGGUUUUCUCAUCGAUACAGCAAGUACGCCUGGUAGGACAGAUUACACUCCGGGGUACUACAUGUUUGUAAUGUUUAUGGUGCUGGACAUGCUUCUUAUUGGUUGCAUGCCAAAGCUGAAAACUGCAGAAUUGUCAUCUAAUUACUUCUCUGAUCUCCGUAAAAUAUUUCACGGGGUUGAAAUUAUAGUGUUCACGUUGUGGACUUUCAUUAUUGGUGCACUUAUGGGGGUAGUGUGGUCGUUCAGUACGUGGUUUCUCGAGGACAUUGGUGCACCAAAGCUUCUCAUCGGACUCACUAACAGCGUGAUGAGUCUGUGUGUGGAGUUGCCAUUCUUCUUUUUUUCAAAAAACAUUUUACAAGCUGUAGGACAUUUUCUGUCGUACUCGCUUUCUUUUGUCGGUUUUGCCAUCAAAUUUACAGGAUACUCAUACCUGUCAAAUCCCUGGUAUGUACUUUUGAUUGAAUUCGCUGGAGGUGCCAUCUUCCCACUUACUUACUCUGCCUUGACAGUAUUUGCCAAAACUGCGGCCAAGCCUGGUACAUCGGCUUCUAUGCUCUGCAUUUUGGGUGCUACAUUUGAAGGCUUUGGAAUCGCUGCGGGAAAUAUGCUAGGUGGAUUUGGCAUUGAGACAGUUGGAAGCAGACUGACAUUCCGAUAUAUGGGCUACGCAUCAUUGGCCUGCGCUGUUCUCUGCACAGUGUCUUGCAUUGCAAUAAAACAACGUGUCUCUGCCAGUACAGAUACAAAUGAAGAAAGUAAUCUCACGAUUUCAACAAAGCACGGCAAUCACUGCACAGCAAGCAAAGCACAGUAUUGCUCAGACGAAGACAUCAGUGGUACUAAAACAACCUGGGCCGAACAGAAUUCUUAUGGCACUAGUUAACCAGCUGCUUGUAGUAGCUACUAGGUGGCAGAAGCUACUGAUAUGUAUUGUUAGGUCGAGAGUGGUCCAGUGUGCAUAGCACCAAGGCAUCUAUGGAGUGUAAACAGAGGUGUGCAAUGUAAUAUCAUUCUGUGCAAAAUAUUGCAGAUCUCAUUGACCCUCAAAACCAAUGCAAUUGGUUGUGACUUGUGACAACCCUGGUGGUUCUGUUCACUGCAGAACUGCCACACCAAUUUUUAUAUAAAAAUGUGUUAAGGUUUUUGCUAAAGAUUCCUUGAGGUGUAAAGCUUCAUACUGCGUGAUUCAGAAUGACACACUGUUUGGAGGAGCAAGUGACUGCUUGAUUAAAACAUCAUUCCUGA